AUGGGUCCAUAUCCUAUUGAUCAGUUAGAACCAGAUCUUCGUAAAAUUGCUGAUAAUAAUUAUAUAUUUCAAAACUGGGCAAAAACGUUUCAGUGUAAACCUGAAUUAUACUUUACACCUUCUACUGAAGAACAGAUUCAAAAAAUUAUUAAUUUAGCUAGGAGUCUGCACAAACCUGUCAAAGUGAUUGGAUCAGGACAUUCACCAUCUGAUCUGGCAUGUACUAAUGGUUUCAUGAUCAGCAUUGACAGAUUGGAUAAUUUACUUGGUAUAGAUAAAAAGAACUGUAGAGCUACAGUUGAAGCUGGUAUGAAGCUUCAUAAAUUACAUCAAAUACUGCGAGAAAAUGGACUUGCCUUAAGUAACUUAGGCUCUAUUUCUGACCAAACAGUGGCGGGUGUUAUUUCAACUGCAAGUCAUGGUACAGGCGCCAACUAUGGCUGUCUUUCUACAAUGAUUGUCGAUAUGACUUUGAUUACAGCGGAUGGAAAUACAUUGUUUUGUUCAGAUACAGAGAAUAAAGAGAUAUUUGCAGCUGCUCGAUGUAGUUUAGGUAGCUUAGGUAUCAUCACACGUGUAACAUUACAACUAGAACCAGACUUUAAAUUGGAAGCAAUUCAAAAACCUUACAAGUUUUCUGAUAUUCUAAAUAAUUGGGAUGCAGUGAUUCACUCUUCAGAACACACUCGUAUCUGGUGGUAUCCUCAUACGGAUGACUGUGUUGUCUGGAAAGCAAAUCGAACGACAAAAGACAUUUCUCGAUCAGGACCUAGUACGUUAAUAGAAUGGGGUUGGGGAUUUCAUGCAUAUCAAGCUAUGCUGAACAUCACUCGUUAUAAGACUUCACUCAUUCCAUACUUGACAAAGCUUAUGUUUCGUACUUUACAUUCUUAUCCUGUUCAAAUAGUUGAUGUCUCUAAUAAAGUUUUCAACUUUGAUUGUCUCUUUCCUCAGUAUGUGAAUGAAUGGGCUAUCGAUUGGAAGGAUGCACCUGCUGCGCUUCGAAAACUGGAUACAUUCAUCGUUGAAAAUGACUUGAAAGUUCAUUUCCCUGUUGAAAUUCGAUUUGUAGAUGAAGAUGAUGUAUGGUUAAGUCCUGCUUAUGGCCGUAAAACUUGUUAUAUAGGGAUUAUCAUGUAUCGUCCUUAUCAUAAACCUGUCCCUUACAAAAAGUAUUGGAAAGGCUAUGAAGAUAUUAUGCGUCAAUUUAAGGGUCGUCCUCAUUGGGCAAAGGCUCAUGGACAAACAAGAGAAAGUCUGGAGACAUCUUAUCCAAAGUUUCAAGAUUUUUUACAAAUUCGUCAAAAAUUAGAUCCUGAGGGUAUGUUUCUUAAUGAUUAUUUAAAACGGCAUGUUGUUAUAUCCCAUCACCAAGAAGCUGCUAGACUUUAA